AUGGCAGACUACGAAGCUUGGACACGAGAACAGCUCGUUGAGCGCAUUCUUCAGCUCGAAUCGAAGAAAAAGCCGACAGCACAAACCGAAAACGGUCCAACAUCUCAUCCUAACAACCCAAGGCUCUUCAAUUUUCAAGCAUACGCCCAGCGCAAGAUCGCUUUGAAAUUUUGCUACCAUGGCUGGGAUUACAAUGGGCUCGCAUAUCAAGUAACUCCAACCCCACUUCCUACCGUAGAAGGCGUCCUCUUCGAUGCACUUUGCAAGGCGCGAUUGAUCGACAGAGAGGCAGGAUUCGAAGGAUGCGACUGGUCACGAUGUGGGAGGACUGACCGAGGCGUUAGUUCGGCAGGACAAGUCGUCGCUCUUCGUAUGCGAUGCUCUCUGCGACCAGUGGAGACAGUUCAACCCUUCGAAGAGGCAGAAGUCACCCCGCCAACCCAGCCGUCCACAAAAUCCGAGCCUCCUGAGCUAGAGGUAAAGUACAUUCAAGUACUGAAUCGUAUUCUUCCUCCGAGCAUACGAGUACUCGCCUGGGCGCCAGUGGACGACACCUUUUCCGCAAGAUUCAACUGCCGGUAUCGACAUUACAAGUACUUUUUCCAGCCGUUAAAUCCUCCAGCAUCCCCACUAAACAUUGAUAAGAUGCGAAACGCCGCGUCUCUACUUGUGGGCGAGCACGACUUUCGAAACUUCUGCAAGUUGGACGGCAGCAAGCAGAUUGAACGAUACGACCGUAGAGUCGUAUCAGCAACCAUUUCCCGACUCACAUCACCGACAAUUCAGGGUGAGAAACCGAUGUACGUCUUCGACUUGGUUGGGUCAGCCUUCCUCUGGCACCAAGUCCGGCAUAUCAUGGGGGUUCUCUUCCUGGUUGGUCAAGGACUCGAAGAUGCGAGCAUCGUCAAUGCACUCCUCAACACAGACUCGUCGCGCCCAUCAUUCGACCCUUCACUCCCUUUAUUAGAGUGCAGACCCCUGUACGAUAUGGCGGAGGGUUUGCCUCUAGUGCUCUGGGAGUGUGGCUUUGAUCAGAAGGAUAUAAGAUGGAGAACAGAUGAGUGGGAUGGAGACGGGGAGGUACCAGCGUUGACUGGAACGUCUUCCGUUCACUUGCUCGAGACUAUGGAGUCGAGCACCGAGGCCACCGACAUCAAAGGGAUGAUGUUGAAGCAUUUUCAGCAAGUUGCCUCUCAAUAUCAUCGUCAUCCAGACGUUGGAGCAGAUAGUGUUGUACGCAUACAGGCCGGGGGUGGAAGGAUUCGGCAUGUGACUCAAUACCUGCCGCUCCUGAAGCGCAAGCGUGGCCCGACUCCAGCCGAUGUCAACGAAAACUGGAGGAAAGGACAUGCGCAUAUCUUGGCGCGUCGCGGAGUCAGAAUCCAUGGGGACGACGAACAGCAGGGCGAGUCUGAAUAG